AUGAAAAAAUUAUAUGGCAACAAAAUCCGGAAAGAAGCUGGUGUCAUUAAAACGAUAAAGCGUGCCAAAUUCCUUCGAGGAAAAUUUAGUGAGGAAAUUGUUCAUGAGAUUCAAGUAGUUGAACGAAUCGUUAAAGAAGUGGUUGAAAAAAUUAUGGAAGAAACAGCUGAAGUUUUUGGCGUAUUUGUUGAAGCUGCUAAACCGAAAUUAAAUGAAGUUGUAUCUGAAACUCAUGCUUUGCUUAUACCUCAAUCUUUGCUUAGAAUAUUUAGGCUUUCAGAGAAUAGAUAUAUGAUUCGGUAA